GCGGGUUGGACCAGAUCGCACUUAAUUGGGUGCGUCCGUACUUUCUGCAGCGAUGGCACAGAGUUUGACGGACUGUGAUGGUGUCGACGCGGCUCGUCUCGGUGCUGGCGAUGGCGGCGAUCGCGAUGGCGGCGCAGGACGCGUGCAUUAGCGCUGUGAGUGGCGACCUCCUGCCGCUGGUGCCCGAGCUCAUGAACGACGACUUUUGCGACUGCGCCGACGGCCGCGACGAGCCGCACACGGCCGCGUGCUCGCAUGUGCUCUCGGCAGCGCACGACUGCCACAACCGCGGUCUGCUUCCGAUGCGCAUCCACACGAGUCAGGUCGGCGACGGUGUGUGCGACUGCUGCGACGGCUCGGACGAAGCGGUUGGUGUCUGCGUCGACGCGUGCGACGCCGAGAUUGAUGCCAAGCGGGCGGCGGUGCAAGCACAUCGCGACGUCGUCCUCCAAGGCUUUGCCGAGCGUCAAACGCGCCUGAAUGCGCUAGCGCAAGCAGCGAUUGCAAAGGAGCACGAGAUUCUCGCCAAGAAGGCGCUCAAGGAGGAGCUCCGGCAGCUCCGCCUCAAGGUCACCGUCUUCAAGGACCGCGAAGAGCGCACCGAGUACGCCAUGCGCAUCGAGUCGGCCAAGCAAAAGACCGGGCAGUGCGCUGCCGAUAGCACCACCAAUGACGACAACGACAGCGACGUUAUCGAGGACGAGGCGCCGGUAGCUGAUAGCGCAGCCGAAGCCGCCGACACCACUGUCGCGCUCAAGCAUGCGGAUGCCAAGUCCAAGCUCUCACUCGUCGUCCAGCGGCUCGAUGGCCGACAGACGACGCUCGCAGCCUACAUGCACGAAGUCCUCGACCAAGCGAAACGGAUCCCGAUGCGGUCGGUGUACCAGCGCCAAAAGGAAGACUUCCUCGGGCCGCUCUUCAACGGCAAUGCGGCCGACCGCGCGCGCUUUAUCACAUACGGCCUCCAGGGCAUCGGGCUACUGCUGUCGCCAGUGCGUGGCGUCUACGAGGUGCUGACGCUGGCGACGUCGACGUGGUUUCGCCUUCUCAACGUCGUGACGCCCCACGCGCUCCUCGAUCCGUGGCAUGGGUUUGUGCAAUUACUGGAUCUAGACUGGCGCUACCACAAGUCGUUGUUUCUGCGCCGACUUUCGCAAGGACGGCUCUUUUGGUGGCGCUACUAUGCGUCGUAUGUGCUGAGCACGGUCUGGGACGCCCCCGUCGAUGUGAUUUGGGAAACCUUCUUCCCGACGCUGGACCGCAGUGUCGUGCUCCCAGAAGCCGAGAGCUUGCGCUCGAUUCUGACCGACCUCGAGACCGACAUGCAAGCGAUCGACCAAGAAAUCGACCGACUGGAACGGGUCUUCACCGAAGAGUCAGGGCCCGACGCAGGGUACCAGAUCCUCAAGGGCGUGUGUGCCGUGGCCCAAUUCGAGAAAUACCACUACACGAUCUGUCCAUUUGGCGAAGCCACCCAAGACAGCGUGCGUCUCGGGAGCUGGAAGCGUUGGAGCUCGACGUCGCCGCCCAUCAUGUCGUUUGAAGACGGCGAAAAAUGCUGGAACGGUCCCCACCGUUCGGUGCAACUCGUGCUGGAAUGUGGAUCGAAAGACCAGAUUUUGUCGGUCGACGAACUCUCGACGUGCGUGUACACGAUCAAAUUUGCCACGCCCGCCGCUUGCACAUCGGACCUUGUCGCGCAAGUCAACAACGACGCGGCCACGUGGCUGUGAAAUGUAUCAAGUUGCUGAUAGAUUGAUACUUUUCUCUCUUGUGGCGCCACGCAGAGACAUCCGUGGUUUAGUUGACGCAUUAGUUGACAACCAAUCGUCAAUACGAGUACUUGGCCGACGAGCUGUGAGGAAUCCCAUA